AUGGCAGCGUCGCCCGAUUCGGCCGCUGCAGCGCCCGAGCAGCCAUGCUACUGCUCCCUCUUGAACUUUCUAUUGACAGUCGGCAGGCUGAAGAAGCUGAAACGGACCGGCUGGGUCCUGAGCGAAGUUCGAGAUCCUGAGACCGUCGCUGAGCAUUCGUUCCGCGCCGGCAUCUGCGCUUUCCUCAUCGGCGCUGACCCGCAGUCUGCCAAGCUGAUUCAAGAGAAAAAGCUCGACAGAAAUAAGUGUAUCAAGAUGGCGCUUGUGCAUGACCUCGCGGAGGCGCUCGCGGGCGACAUCACGCCGCACUGUGGCGUCUCCGCAGAAGAGAAAAGGAAGCGCGAGCGAGAGGCUUUGCAGGCCAUUCUCCGCCCACUGCCCUUCGCCGGCGUCUCAUCUCUCCUUUCGUGCGACGUGUGCCGCAAGCCCGAGCAGGAGGUCGCGGCAGAAGCCGCCAGUCCGCUGCUGGCUGUCGGGGAGGAAAUCCGCUCGCUGUGGGAAGACUACGAAGCGGGAACCUCCGAGGAGGCGAAGUUCGUGUUCGACAUCGACAAAUUCGAAAUGGUUCUCCAAGCCUUCGAGUACGAGUCCGAUCCCACGCAGGAGGGGCCGGCGAGCGGGCCUUUCUACUACAGGGCGCAGGAAGAAGAGGAGGGACCGCGAGAGGAAGCGAAGGAAACAGACGAGCGCAAAGCGGACAAGCCGCAGACGACCAGGAGCGGCGACCGCAAGAAGCGGCGCCUGCUAAUGCCGACGUUCUAUCGCUCCACGCUGAACGUCUUCCGCACUGAUCUGUUCAAGGCGCUUGACCGCGUUCUGCGCAAGCGACGCGACACGCUGCCGCAAGUGCAGCGUGCGGCUCUCCUCGAGAAGGAGAACGGGGGACAGUGA